UCCCCUUCCUUCAGACCUCACGAACAUACGUGGCUUUUCCUGGUGAGAUUACGACAGAAACGAAUCCACACAUCAUGGAGUUGGAAGCCAUGACGCGAUACACGAGCCCGGUGAAUCCGGCUGUGUUUCCUCACCUGACCGUGGUGCUGCUGGCCAUUGGAAUGUUCUUUACUGCCUGGUUCUUUGUAUACGAAGUCACGUCGACAAAGUACACACGUGACGUGUACAAAGAGCUUCUCAUCUCACUGGUGGCUUCACUCUUCAUGGGCUUUGGGGUGCUCUUCCUGUUACUGUGGGUUGGCAUAUACGUCUGAGGCGGGGCGGGAGAGAAAAGAAUGGGAGGAGAUACAUAUUAAUGGGUUGUGGAGGUGGUGUGGGGAGGUUCAGAGGAACAUUCCAGUAGCUCACGGUUUCCAUGGCGAUCAGGGCUGUACCAGGGACACCUGGAACUGGCCGGGGCUUUGCACUGACGGGAUGAUGGGAAUUUGGGUUAAUCCUUCAAAAUAAAAUCAGGUUUCAUAAUAAAAUACUCUGGGAAUCUUG